AUGUCUCAGGUGAGUUUUAUGCAUUUAAAGCGUCUAAUUUUACUUUAGACAUACAAUUUCAAGGUUGAAAUGACUUGCGAAGGGUGUGCCAAUGCCGCUCGGCGUGUCCUAGGCAAACUUGGAGGUAAGAAGCACUUCGCAUUCGGUAUUUUUGAAUUUCAGAUAAGGUGCAAGACAUUAAAAUCGAUGUUGGGGCCAAGACUGUGUCAGUUACAACAACAACAACCAAAGAAGAGAUUCAGACAGCCCUGGAGAAGACGGGUAAAGGGGUCACCCCACUGUGA